AUGGAAGCUAGCAUCCAUCUCAUGCAGGUUAUCCAAGAAAUGCGGGCAGAAAUCAACAGACUACAGAAAGAGAAUCAUGCCCUCCGUGUGAAGCUGACUUCCAAUAGUCAGACAGCCUCUGGAUCAGAGAGAGAAUCCGAAGACGAAAGGGAAGAAACAGUGUAUGGGCAAUCUCUGGGGGCCCUUCCUGGUGGUAUUCCCACUGGGUCUACACCAGCUGUGCAGGAACAAGGCAAUGUCAUGAUUGUUAGACGCUACUCCAUUUCUCCAUCAGCUCACUCAUAUGCAGCAAGUGACCCCUGGAAAGCUAGAAACAGACUUCCAAACAUCACUGGAACAUCAUCGGCACAUUCUGCAACUAGAAAUCAAGACAAUGAAGAAAAGACUUUGGCUGCAAAUGGUUACAACAGCAAUAGCUCUAGCCAGAGAGCGUCUUCUGAUCACAGUUUUGUUUGCAGGGCUGCUUUCAUUCAUUCACAUUAUGACUUCUACCAGGUCUACAAAGAAGAAUUCAGCAUACGGCUUCAUUCUGAACAAGACAGACAAGAGCUUGAAGAAGUUUAA